CCCGAGGCCAGAGCCCCAGACAGCGCCGACAGUGCGCUCCUCCACCCUCCCAGCGCCACCGGCCUCGCCCAUGUCUCAGUACGCGCCCAGUUCGGACUUCAAGAGGGCUUUGGACAGCAGUCCCGAGGCCAACACUGAGGAUGACAAGACCGAGGAGGACGUGCCCAUGCCCAAGAACUACCUGUGGCUCACCAUCGUCUCAUGUUUUUGCCCCGCGUACCCCAUCAACAUCGUGGCUUUGGUCUUCUCCAUCAUGUCUCUAAACAGCUACAACGAAGGAGACUAUGAAGGAUCCAAGCGGCUUGGGCGGAAUGCCAAAUGGGUAGCCAUCGCCUCCAUCAUCAUUGGCCUUCUCAUCAUCGGCAUUUCUUGUGCCGUUCACUUCACGAGGAAGUAA